CCGGAAUCCAUGCCACCAACGCGGACGUCGUCGGCGAUCGCCGGCCGCGAAGGCGCUCGCAUCGUCUCGACGGGCGCCAUAUGGGGCUACGUCAUCGUGGGUCUCUCGUUUGCCUUCUUUAUGACCUUCUUAUACCUCAUCGUCGUCGCCAAGCUCCUGCCACCGUCCGACGACCCGGCGCGCUUUCCCAUGAUGGAGACGAUUCGCCAGGACCACUUUUACUGCUACCUCAUUCCGCUCACGAUUCCCGCGGGCUUCAUCGCCAUGUACAUCAACUGGGUCAGCCUCAAGUACUUCCGACACAACUAGGAUCUCGAUGACGUGCCAUCACGUCGCAGUACUACUACUCGUAUGGCCGACAAACGUGGCAUUCUGG